GAGGCGUACGUGGAGGUGGAGGUCAGAGAACUUAAUGGAGACAAAACCACUGUGGAGACCAAGGAUGGGCGGUUUCUGAUUGCGAAGGAGAGCGACUUACAGCCGAUGAACCCUCCGAAGUUCGACAUGAUCGAGGACAUGGCCAUGCUGACCCACCUGAACGAGGCGUCGGUGCUCUUCAACCUGAAGAGGAGAUACAGCAUUUGGAUGAUCUACACGUACUCUGGACUCUUCUGCGUCACCGUCAACCCCUACAAAUGGCUUCCAGUCUACUCCCAGGAUGUCAUCACCGCCUACAAAGGGAGGCGUCGCAGGGAGACUCCACCUCACAUUUACGCCGUUGCCGACAAUGCAUACACCGACUUGCUGCAGAAUCGAGAGAAUCAGUCGAUGCUCAUCACCGGUGAGUCUGGCGCCGGGAAAACCGUCAACACCAAGCGGGUCAUUCAGUACUUCGCCAUCAUCGCUGCUCUGGGAGAAAACAUCAAGAAAGGAGUAAAUAUGUUUGAAUUUUACAGUGGCUCUUUAGAGGACCAGAUUAUUGAAGCCAAUCCGGCCAUGGAGGCGUUCGGCAAUGCCAAAACCAUCCGCAACGACAACUCCUCCCGCUUUGGAAAGUUCAUCAGGAUUCACUUCGGGACGACGGGCAGGUUGGCGUCCGCUGACAUCGACAUCUAUCUUCUAGAAAAAUCCAGAGUGGUGUUCCAGCAGCCAGGAGAGAGAAGCUACCACAUCUACUACCAGAUCCUGUCCAAUCACAAGCCAGAGCUGCAAGACAUGCUGCUGGUGACCACGAACCCGUACGACUACCACGUCUGCUCGCAGGGCGUCACCACGGUGGAGAGCAUCAACGAUGGAGAGGAGCUGAAGCUCACCGACCACGCCAUGGACACGCUGGGCUUCACUCCGGAGGAGAAGUACGGCUGCUACAAGAUCGUUGGCGCCAUCAUGCACUUUGGGAACAUGAAGUUUAAGAAGCGACAGCGGGAGGAGCAAGCCGAGGCUGACGGCACAGAGAGUGUGGAUAAAGCAGCUUAUCUGAUGGGGAUCAGCUCAGCAGACCUGAUAAAGGGGCUCCUGAACCCCAGAGUCAAAGUGGGCAAUGAGUACAUUGUGAAAGGACAGACAGUGGAACAGGUGAACUUUGCUGUGGCGGCUCUGGCUAAAGCCACCUAUGACCGGAUGUUCAAGUGGUUGGUGAGCCGGAUCAACAUGUCUCUGUACACCUCACUGCCUCGGCAGUACUUCAUCGGAGUCCUCGACAUUGCCGGUUUCGAGAUCUUUGAGUUUAACAGCUUCGAGCAGCUUUGCAUCAACUUCACCAACGAGAAGCUGCAGCAGUACUUCAACCACCACAUGUUCAUCCUGGAGCAGGAGGAGUACAAGACCGAGGGCAUCGAAUGGACCUUCAUCGACUUCGGUCUGGACCUUCAGGCCUGCAUCGACCUCAUUGAGAGGCCCAUGGGAAUCCUGUCCAUCAUGGAGGAAGAGUGUAUGUUUCCCAAAGCCACUGAUCAGAGUUUUAAAACCAAACUCUACGAUAAUCAUCUGGGGAAGUCGCCCAACUUUCAACGGCCAAGGAUCGACAAGAAACGCAAAUACGAGGCACACUUUGAGGUGGUGCACUAUGCCGGAGUGGUGCCGUACAACAUCACCGGCUGGCUCGACAAAAACAGAGAUCCCUUGAAUGAGACAGUGGUGGCGCUCUUCCAGAAGUCCUCCAACAAGCUCAUGGCUGGACUCUUUGAGAACUACAUCAGCUCUGACAUGGCAUCUGAUCCGAAAUCUGAAACCAGACACAGGAAGAAGAAAGCAGCUUCUUUCCAAACAGUGUCACAACUUCACAAAGAAAAUCUGAACAAACUAAUGGCGAACCUGCGCAGCACUCAGCCUCACUUUGUCCGCUGUAUCAUCCCAAAUGAGUCCAAGAUCCCAGGUUACAUCGAUCCAUUCCUGGUUCUCCAUCAGCUGCGCUGUAACGGGGUCCUGGAGGGAAUCAGGAUCUGCAGGAAGGGUUUCCCCAACCGGAUCCUCUACGCCGAGUUCAAACAGCGGUACCGCAUCCUGAACCCCAGUGCGAUCCCCGAGGACUCCUUCGUGGACAGUAAGAAGGCCGUGGAGAAACUGUUGGGAUCUCUGGAGAUCGAUCACUCUCAGUACAAGUUCGGACACACAAAGGUCUUCUUCAAGGCGGGGCUGCUGGGCCUCCUGGAGGACAUGAGGGACGAGCGUCUGUCUCAGAUUCUGACCACGGUUCAGGCCAUGUGCCGUGGGAAACUGAUGAGGGUGGAGAGAGAGAAGAUGCUGAUCCGCAGGGAGGCCGUGAUUCUGAUCCAGUUCAACCUGCGAGCCUACUUCACGGUGCGGACGUGGCCCUGGAUGAUGCUCUUCUACAAGCUCCGCCCCCUGCUGAGGAGCGCCCAGGUGGAGAAGGAGCUCGCCGCCCUCAAACAGGACUUCGCCAAACUGAAGGAGGCCUUCGACAGGUCGGAGGUGAAGCGGCGGGAGGCCGAGGAGCGGCAGGUGGUCCUGGUUCAGGAGAAGAAUGACCUGGCUCUGCAGCUCCAAGCUGAGCAGGACAACCUGGCGGACGCCGAGGACCGCUGCAACCAGCUGAUCCAGUCCAAGAUCUCUCUGGAGUCCAAGCUGAAGGAGACCCAGGAGCGGCUGGAGGACGAGGAGGAGAUGAGCGCCACGCUGACCUCCAAGAAGAGGCAGCUGGAGGACGAGGUGGUGGCGCUGAAAAGGGACGUGGACGACCUGGAGAUCACGCUGGCCAAGGUGGAGAAGGAGCGGCACGGCGUGGAGAACAAGGUGAAGAAUCUGUCGCAAGAGAUGAGCGUCUUGGAUGAAUCCAUCGCCGCUCUCACACGGGAGAAAGCCGCACUGCAGGAGGCUCAUCAGCAGGCGCUCAGCGACCUUCAGGCGCAGGAGGACAAGGUCAACAUGCUCGCCAAGGCCAAGACCCGUCUGGAGCAGCAGGUUGACGACGUGGAAGGCUCCCUGGAGCAGGAGAAGAAGGCGCGGGUGGAGAUGGAACGUGCCAAGCGGAAACUGGAGGGAGACCUGAAGCUGUCCAUGGACUCCGUGAGAGAUCUGGAGAGCCAGAAGGACGAGCUGGAGGACCGGCUGAAGAAGAAAGACUUUGAGAUGAGCCAGUUUCAGUCCAAACUGGAGGACGAACAGAGUUUGCUGGCACAACUUCAAAAGAAGAUCAAAGAGCUUCAGACCCGGAUCGAGGAGCUGGAGGAGGCGCUGGAGGCGGAGCGGGCGUGGCGUUCCAAGGCGGAGCGUCAGAGGAACGACAUCGCCCGAGAGCUGGAGGAGCUGGGGGAGAAGCUGGAGGAGGCCGGAGGAGCGUCGGCGGCUCAGAUCGCCCUCAACAGGAAGCGAGAGGCCGACUUCCUGAAGAUGCGCCGGGAGCUGGAGGAGGCGGGGCUUCAUCACGAGGCCACGGCGGCCUCCCUGAGGAAGAAGCACUCGGACACGGUAGCGGAGCUGGGCGAGCAGAUCGACGCGCUACACAGAGCCAAGCAGAAGCUGGAGAAGGAGAAGGCCGAGUUCAGGCUGGAGGCCGACGACCUGGCGUGCAACGUGGAGCAGCUGUCCCGGGCCAAGGGGGCUGCGGAGAAGAUGUGCAGGACUUUUGAGGACCAACUGAAUGAAACCAGGAACAGAGCUGAAGAACUGCAAAGACAGCUGACUGAAGUCAACACACAGAAAGCACGAGCGGUCACAGAGUCUGCUGAGUACAGUCGUCGUCUUGAGGAGCGUGAGUCCACCAUCAGUCAGCUGCAGCGGUCAAAGCUGGGAGUGUGUCAGAGUGUGGAGGGCCUGAAGAGGCAGCUGGAGGAAGAGAGCAAGGCCCGUGUGGCGCUGGCACAUGCUGUCCAGGCCUCUCGCCAUGACUGCAGCCUCCUCAGAGAGCAGCUAGAGGAAGAGCAGGAGGCCAAAGCGGAGCUGCAGAGGGCGCUGUCCAACAGCACCAGCCAGGUGGUGCAAUGGAGGGCGAAAUACGAGACGGACGCCGUGCUGAGGAUCGAGGAGCUGGAGGACGCAAAGAAGAAGCUGGUGGUGAAGCUUCAGAAGGUGGAAGAAGCGGUGGAAGCGUCUCACGCUAAGUGCUCCUCCCUGGAGAAGACCAAAGUGCGGCUGCAGACGGAGAUGGAGGACCUGGUGGUGGAGCUGGAACGCUCCAAUGCCUCCGCCCUGGCUCUCGACAAAAAGCAACGCAGCAUGGAGCAGCUGCUGAGCAGCUGGAAGCUGAAGUGUGAGGAGAGCCAGUCGGAGCUGGAGUCGUCGCAGAGAGAAUCGCGCAGUCUGAGCACUGAACUGUUCAAGCUGAAGAACAGCUACGAGGAAUCUCUGGACCACCUGGAGACGGUCCGACGAGAGAACAAGAACCUGCAGGAGGAGAUCCUGGACCUAACCGAUCAGAUCGGCCACGGGGGGAAGACGAUCCACGAGCUGGAGAGGGUGAAGAAGCUGCUGGACGUAGAGAAGAGCGACAUCAGAGCUGCUCUGGAGGAAGCAGAGGGCUCCCUGGAGCACGAGGAGAGUAAGACCCUGAGGUUCCAGAUGGAGCUGCAGCAGAUCAGGAGUGACAUCGAGCGCAAGAUCGCAGAGAAGGACGAAGAGAUCGACAACCUGAGGCGGAGCCACCAGCGCUCCCUUGAGACCAUGCAGACCAGCUUGGAGGCGGAGGUCCGAAGUCGCAGCGAGGCCGUUCGCCUGAGGAAGAAGAUGGAAGCAGACCUGAACGAGAUGGAGAUCCAGCUGAGUCACGCCAACAGACAGGCGGCGGAGAGCCAAAGAGUCAUCAGACACCUGCAGACUCAGGUCAAAGAGCAGCAGGUGGACCUGGAAGAUAAAGUCCAGCUGUCCAAUCAGCUGAGAGAACAGAUCGCUCUGCUGGACCGACGCUGUUCGCUGAUGACCGCCGAGGAGGAGGAGCUCCGAGCGGUCCUGGAGCAGAGCGACCGCGCCCGCAGGAUGGCCGAACACGAGCUGGUGGAGGUGGCGGAGAGAGUCGAGUAUCUCAACACACAGAACUCCGCGCUGUUUAGCCAGAAGAGGAAGCUGGAGUCGGAUCUGUCCGUGCUGACCGGAGAGGUGGACGAGGCCUUGCAGGAGAGCCGCAAUGCUGACGACAAAGCCAAGAAGGCCAUCACUGAUGCGGCUCUCAUCGCAGAGGAGCUGAAGAAGGAGCAGGACAGCAGCAGCAUGAUGGAGAGGAUGAAGAGGAACAUGGAGUCCACAGUGAAAGAGCUGCAGGUCAAACUGGACGAGACGGAGCAGAUGGCUCUGAAGGGAGGAAAGAAACACAUCAGCAAGCUGGAAACCAGAGUGAGAGAGCUGCAGACGGAGCUGAUGGUGGAGCAGAAGAGGAGUGACGAGUAUCAGAAAGGAGUGCGUCGAUAUGAGAGGAGAGUGAAAGAGCUGACCUACCAGUCGGAGGAGGACAGAAAGACGCUGCUCAGGAUGCAGGAGCUGAUCGAUAAGCUUCAGACCAAAGUGAAGAGCUACAAGAGACAAGCUGAGAGUGCCGAGGAGCAGGUGACCUCCAACACCGUACGUUUCCGCAAAGUGCAACAUGAGCUGGACGACGCCGAAGAGCGGGCGGACAUCGCCGAGACCACUGUCAACAAGCUGCGGAUUCGAACCCGUGAACAGACCACCAAGGUGGCCAUGCUGGCAGAGUGAUGCGGAGCUGCCUUCUCGGAUUGCAGAGUUGUGUUUCGGCUUUUUGUGUGACUUUCUAUUGCGGUGAGUUUGAGUCUGAAACGUUUCUGCUGACGAGGAGAUGCCCGCUUCCUGUUUCUGCACCCACUUCCUGUUUCUGCCCCGUGACGCUCUGAGCGCGCUCAGUGGGCGGCCUGCGGCUCCACCGCAGCAGAAUGGGACUGACUGUCUCUGCAGGUUCAAUCUGGCUCAUUUUCAUGGGAAUGGAAACUAAGACUGUAAACGAUCAACCGCUUCAACUGUUUACUGUGUACCACUGACUUCUUCUUAUUGUGUACUGAAAAUGAGAAAGUUUCUUGUCCUGUGUUGAUAAGGGUAAGAUAGCUGUACAGUAUUAUGCUAGCUGUGACACAUUAGCUGAGCGCUCCGCACUGUGUGGGUCAGAGGAAGAUGUAACGCUCUGUAAUCUGGAUUUGGACUUACAUCAAUAGGAAGAUGCUCUACAAUCUGGAUGCCAGCCGAAGUUACAUUAAUCUCCCUCAGUGUAGUUAGUGAUCGUAGUGGAGUUUCAUUAAAUCGGCGAAUCACUUUGAUAAGAAGGAAAACUUGUUUUUUCAUGAAUCUGAUGACGUCAAAGUGAAGAGAACUCUGAUCUGUUUGUAACUUCCAUUUUUCAAUGUGUAACUAUGAAGAUCUGCUACUUGUGUAAUAUGGGAAUGCUGUGAAUCGGUGUGGUCUGUUUCACUUUUUUUUGAGUGUAAUAAAUAAAAACCUGGGUGA